AUGACUAGUGAUCUCAAAAAGGUUAACCGUGAAUUAUUGGAAGAUGUUAUUCGAGAAUAUCAAAAUCAGCCAUGUCUUUGGCACGUUAAAUCCAAAGAUUAUCAUAACAAAGCAAAGAGGGAUGCAGUGUACAGAAGAUUAUUACAAAAAUAUAGGUUAAUUGAUGUUAAUGCCGACAAGAAUGCAGUUGUUAAAAAGAUAAACUAUUUCCGGACUAAUUAUAGAAGAGAAAAGAAAAAAGUUGAAGAUGCAGAACACUCUGGAAUGGGUGUAGAUGAACGUUAUGAGCCCACACUCUGUUACUACCACCUGUUUCACUUUUUAGGAGAUCAAGAAACACCUAGAAAAUCAGUAUCUAACUUGAACGAGACAGAGGAAGAAGUUGAAGCCCAACCAACUGAAAAUUCUAUAGAAAGUUUAGACCAACCCAUUGAGGAGGAUGAGUCAACAACACAUGAUGAUACUGGCUGUCAAACAACUGAGGCCACACAAUCCACCCCCAAAAAAAAAGCACCAUUUCCCGACCACCUAAACGCAUAAUUGACAAAUGUGAUUCUGUGUUGGACGCAAUUGAAGGCCACUUUAAAAACCUUAAAUGAAGAUAGACAUGACAUUUUUGGGAAAAACGUCGCUCUGAAAAUGAGAGACAUAACAAACAAUAUUCAGAGAUUGUUGGCAGAAAAAAUGAUUAACGAUACAUUAUUCAUAGCAGAAAUGGCUCAGUUGACUCCGUCCCAUCACAUUUGUGGUGAAACUAACAAUACAUAUUCUACAGAUUGUCCUUCACCUCAACAAUUAAAUACCAAUUACUCCCAUUUCCCCUCAACUUUUCCUCAAUCUCAGGUACAUUAUGAAACUCUUUCUCCAGUAACCUCCAAUGAUAAUUCCAAUCAUUCUAUCGCGUCCUAUAUUUCAAAUUUUAGCGAUGCUUAAUGUUAUUUUGUAAUAGUUUAUUAUGCUCAUGUACCUACUUUUUGUAAAUCUUUUCGUCAAAAAAAUAAUAAAUAACUUAGUUUAAAUAGUC